AUGGUGUUACAAAAGAGGCUAGAAUAUGGAUUCAACGGUUACAAGGUGCCCCCAAUGCCUCGGGCUCCUAGAUCAGCCAGGAAAAGGGCUUCAAAAUCUUGGAAAAAGAACGAAGAUCAUAACAAUAACCGAAUGUGUGCAUUUGACUUACUAGCCACUGUUGCUGGAGAGUUAUUACAUGAAGGUGAUAAACCAAAUCAAGAAGAAAACAAAGUUUUUAAAACAGAAGAAAAAGAUUGUGAUCAAGGAAGCUGCAAUAAGAGCUUCUUUUUGUCUGAGAUUAUCUCAAAAGCUCCGGUUUCCGAUUCCGGGCCUACUUCCGGAAUCACUGUUUCCGACUUCUCCCAGAAGGCUCCAUCUGCUCCAAGAUCUGUGGAAAUUUGUAAAAUAGAAGAUAUAAACAAUAAGGAAAUGACAAACGAGGUUCCCACCAAUGGGAAGCCUCCACUUGUCAACAAUUUAGAUAGUAAUGUAAAUUUAGUUAUUAGAGAUGAUGACGAAAACUCUUGUGGAUGCACUCAAAAUAACAAGACUUUUGGGCCACCUUCACGAAUUGGUGACAGAAGAAUUAGAAGAUUAUUGGCAUCCAAACAGUGGAAAAACUGUCCAAAAUUAAACGAUGAUUAUCGUAACAAGAAAAGUUUCUAUAAACAUCAAAGAUCUUUAAGGGAUUACCCGUUCAAAAAACGAAAACUUUACCAGUUUGACAAUCCUUCCAAUUCCAAUGAAGAUGGUUCCAGUUUGGGUCCCACAUCUCAAGAUCCUGCCUUUCAAACUCAAGAUUCUCAUGUGAAACUCAAGAUCAAGUCUUUUAGGGUACCCGAGUUUUUCAUUGAAAUACCCGAAACAGCAACUGUUAGUUCUCUAAAGAGAACGGUUAUGGAGGCUGUGACUGCUAUAUUUAGUGGUGAGUUACAUGUUGGUGUGAUGCUUCAAGGGAAGAGAAUUAGAGAUGAUGAUAAAACUCUUUUACAAACGGGUAUUUGCCAUGAUAACAAGCUAGAUGCUCUUGGUUUCACUUUAGAGCCUAAUAAAUUUCAAGAUAGGUAUGUGGUGUCGCCACCUGGCACUCCCAAGUCAUUAACAAGGUAUUGUAAUGAAGUAGUAAUCCAGCAUGAUGAUGCACCCGUGACUAAUUCAAGGAACAUAAGUGAAACGAGUGGUGUUGGUGUGGAUUCACGGGCACUGGUGGCGGUUCCGGCCACCAACAGUGGUGGUGGACUGGCGGUGAGGAAAUCGAAGCAUGCUGAGGUGGCACAACGGAGGAUUCGUAGGCCGUUUUCGGUAUCUGAAGUGGAAGCUUUGGUUGAAGCAGUUGAGAAGCUUGGAACAGGAAGAUGGCGUGAUGUUAAAUUGAGAGCUUUUGAUGAUGCAAAGCACCGGACGUAUGUGGAUUUGAAGGACAAGUGGAAGACACUGGUGCAUACGGCGCGGAUAUCACCACAGCAAAGGAGAGGUGAGCCGGUCCCACAGGAGCUCCUGGACAGGGUGUUGACCGCUCAUGGUUACUGGUCAUAUCACCAAGCCAAGAACCAGUUCAAACAAACAGAAAUUUGUCGACUACUCUGAACUCUAAACUUUAAAUAAAAAUGUACAGAUUAUAAAAGUAGAUAAGUAUGGAUAAUGGAUUAUUUUUCUUCCUUUUUGUUUCGGGUUCAUGGGUUUUACUUUAGUAGUUUCUUUUGUUGUUACCAUGUAUAAAGUGACAAAAGGAAUUGGUUAGGAGGGGGGUGUGUUUUUAUUUCUGUUCUUGGUGCGACGCUUGUAAAAAUUGGGCAGUCGAUGGAAUAAAAGAUGAUUUGAGACAAA